CAACGGAAACGUCCAUCGUAGUACACUGUCCUCCCUUUUCCGCGUGUCGGCUCAUAGAUGGCAUCACGUAAAGAGUCUGGUUUACCUCCUAACGCUGGAAUGGCUUCUACUAGCGGCACAUUGGACUCUCCCGUGAAACAGAUCCAGAUUGAAGGAUUGGUGGUGCUGAAGAUUAUCAAGCACUACCAGGAAGAGGGCCAGGGCAGUGAGGUGGUUCAGGGCGUCCUGCUGGGUCUGGUCGUCGACGACCGGCUGGAGAUCACCAACUGCUUCCCCUUCCCCCAGCACACGGAGGACGAUGCAGACUUCGACGAAGUCCAGUACCAGAUGGAGAUGAUGCGUUCUCUGCGUCAUGUAAAUAUUGACCAUCUGCAUGUGGGCUGGUACCAGUCCACCUACUAUGGCUCCUUUGUCAGCCGGGCGCUGCUCGACUCCCAGUUCAGCUACCAGCACGCCAUCGAAGAGUCGGUCGUGCUGAUCUAUGAUCCCAUAAAGACGGCUCAGGGCUCCUUGUCCCUCAAGGCUUACAGGCUUACCCCUAAACUCAUGGAAAUCUGCAAAGAGAAAGACUUCACACCUGAGGGCUUGAAGAAGGCGAACAUCGGCUUCGAGCAUAUGUUCGAGGAGGUGCCCAUUGUCAUCAAGAACUCCCACCUCAUAAGCGUGCUGAUGUGGGAGCUCGAGGACAAGUCCACGGUCGCCGACAAGCAUGAACUGCUCAACCUCUCAAGCAGCAACCACUUGGAGAAGAGCCUCCAGCUCCUGAUGGACCGAGUGGACGACAUGAGCCAGGAGAUCGUCAAGUACAACACCUACAGCCGCAACCUCAGCAAGCAGCAGCAGCAGAAGCACCAGUACCUCCAGCGGAGGCAGCAGGAAAACACCCAGCGACAGAGCCGAGGGGAGCCCCCGCUGCCUGAGGAGGACAUCAGCAAAAUGUUCAAGCCCCCCCAGGCCCCUCCACGCAUGGACACGCUGCUCAUUGCGGGGCAAAUUAACAACUACUGCCAGAAUGUGAAGGAAUUCACCUCGCAGAACCUCGGGAAGCUGUUUAUGGCAGAGGCUCUCCAAGGCCACAACUAGAGAACAGCCAACGGGGGGGAGGGACAAUCAGCGAGAGAAGCAAGGAGCGCACGGGGGGGUGGGGGGGGGGGGGGUCUACGAGAGAUGCAGAACCACCACAACAGCAACUGGAGGAAGAUUGCGCCACUGUUUGUUUUCUAGGAAUUUAUUCAUAGUUUUUAUUCCUAUUCCCGUAUACGAUAAAAACAUUAUCUUUGAAGAUCACUUGAUUUUGAUUUAAAUAAACAUCUCUCAUCUCAA